AUGAGUUCGUUGUCAACUAAGCUGGCCGCUCUGGAGGCGCAAGGGAAGUCCAUACAGAUUGGACUCAUUGGUGCUGGGAAAUUUGGCAGUAUGUUCGUGUCGCAAUGCCAUGGCACGGCCGGUAUGCGCCUCGCUGCUAUUGCAGAUCUUGACCCAAAGCGGGCAUCAGCUGCAUUGACGCGUACAGGGUUUCCUGAAAGCAAAUGUGAUAACACACUUUCACUAAGCAUCGAGGAAGGCAUCAAGCAGGGCAAAACAGCAAUCACGACCGACAGUGCUGCUAUGAUUGCUACGCCAGGUAUCGACGUUGUACUGGAAGUUACGGGUAAUCCAGCUGCUGGUGUACGCCAUGCCCUUUUAUGUUGCGAGCAUAAAAAGCAUAUCGUCAUGGUCAAUGUGGAAGCAGAUGUCCUUGCUGGACCAUACUUAGCUCGCAAAGCAGCCGAAGCUGGUAUUAUAUACAGUAUGGCAUAUGGCGACCAACCUGCCUUGAUCUCCGAGCUGGUUGAUUGGGCCAGAACGGCUGGUUUUACGGUGGUGUGUGCUGGUAAGGGUACUAAACAUCUGCCCCAAUUUCAUUAUAGUACCCCUGCCACCGUUUGGGACUAUUACGGCUUCACUAAAGAGCAGCUUGCGACAGGGGACUUCAACAAGCAGAUGUUCAACUCGUUCCUUGAUGGUACCAAAAGUGCAUUAGAGAUGGCAGCUGUCGCGAAUGCGUGUGAUUUAGACCCACCCACCGACGGGUUGAAGUUUCCACCAUGUGACACGCAUGAUUUACCAUCAGUUCUACGACCAAGGAAGGAUGGCGGACAACUAGAAAAGAAAGGAAUGGUCGAAGUGGUCUCUUGCCUUGAGCUUGACGGUCGAGAUGUCUACAACGAUAUUCGGUGGGGCGUGUAUGUCGUCAUUGAGGCGCCAGGAGAAUAUCAAAGAGAAUGCUUUGCGCAAUAUGGCUUGAAGACAGAUUCUUCAGGGCGGUAUGCUGUCCAAUACAAACCCUUCCACUUGAUUGGCCUCGAGCUUGGAGUUUCCGUCGCAAACAUCAUGUGUCGUGGAGAGCCUACUGGACAAACCAAAACGUGGAAAGCGGAUGUGGUAGCUACUGCGAAGCGUGAUCUGAAAGCAGGUGAAAAGCUCGACGGUGAAGGUGGGUUCAUGGUCUAUGGCAAGCUUUUCCCAGCGCAGCGGUCGCUUGAGAUUGAGGGUCUACCGAUAGGUCUUGCUCAUGGGCUGGUGCUGAAGCAAGAUGUGAAGAAAGAUCAUUGCUUGAGCUGGCAGGACGUCGAAUUCUCGGAGGAUCACCAGGCUGUUGCUGUCAGACGACGUAUGGAGGACCUCUACAGACAGGAGUCAGGCCUGGGAAAGCAGGUUAGUGGUAAUUAA